CCCAUACCCGAGAGACAUCAAUCGGACCCUCUUCUUUCUCCUCUGUUCUCUCCCCCAAGUCAAAAAACCAAAUCCCGGCGCUUCUCUUCCAUUCUCCUCUCCCAAACUGCUGAUACUUCGAAGUUGAUCGGAAGGAGAAUGUCGAACAGAGGCGACGGCGUCCUCCCUGAGGGAUUCGAGGUUCAAGAGGAAAACAAGAAGCGAAGUUCUAGAGUCCGUUCUUGCAGGCAUAUUCGGAGGUCUUCUACAGCUCGGGCUUGGGGGUUUCUUCCAAGAGAUAAAAUCCCCAAACUCUCGUUUGGUUUUUUGGGAAUUUUUUCAUGGGUCUCUCUCUGAUAUUAGUUUGUGGUUUUCUCUCUUUCUCCGGAAUAUUCAAGCAGAAGCUACCAUGUUGGUGUUAGUUAGUUUGUGGUUCUCUCUUUCUCUGGAAAAACUCAACAACAGAAGACAAGUGCUUGGGUUCUUAUUUCUCUUAUUUUUAUUUCAAUUUUCCUUGCUGAAAACCUUAAAGUAUUUUAUAAUCCUAUCGAGUGGGAGACGAUCAGAGGACUACAGGAGUAGAGGGUCAAGAAGCGAUUAAAAAGAGCAAAAAAUGUGGGCAAACUCAGAAAGAUUCUUUCACCAAAAACCAGACCACAAACGGAAUCAGAGGGCCUCUCCUCUUGAACAGAUUCUCCGGCCAAGAGCGCCUCUGUUCUGAACUUCAGAGUAGAAGCCGGAUCCACAAAGAGAAGAGAAUGGAAGAGAAGCAGAUCAUCUCUGUUCAACGUUCUCCUUCGCUUUCAACAACAAAGCAGAUCAGCAGUUUGGGAGAGGAGGAGAGAAGGUAGAGGGUCCGAUUGAUGUCUAUCGGGUAUGGGUAGGCAAACCUCAGAUGGGUGGUUUUUCUGGGAAAAGAAGCACAGCCUUUGGAUGGCCUUAAACACGUGUCGAUCGCCCAGAUACUUAUGGCCAAAACCUGGGCGACGAGGUAAGGAGAGGAGCGGGUCCAGUUUAUUUACAAAUAGACCAUUACGGUAAAGCUAUAAAGAGGAUUCGGGAAGCGACUGUCAGUGCGAUAGAGUUGGGGUCUGCAACUGUAUUGGGGAGCCGUUAGCUUUCUUCUUCUCUACAACGCAUUUUCCAACGACGAUGAUCGAUUCUGGGCUUUGAGAUGGCAGCUAUUUUAGUGAAGCAGUUGACAGGAAAUCGCUGCUUGGGAUUUUUAAGCACUUGGAGACCUAUGCUCUUCUCGAGGAGGUUCAGUUCCCAGCUCUUCGUCAGCAGAUUGUCAUUUUACACCACACAAAAAGAUUUGAAAAAUCUGUUUGAGCCAUUUGGUACAGUCACAGAGGCUAGACUGAUUAAGGACCCAACUACCCAGAGGCCUAAAGGUUUUGGUUUCGUGACUUUUGAAUCUGUUGCUGAAGCACGCAAGGCAUUGCAGGCUAUGAAUGGAAGGAUAGUUGCUGGAAGGAUGAUUUUUGUGGAAGUUGCAAAGACUACAGGACCUGAAUGAGGAGAAGGUUACCACUUGAAAUGCUUUCUUUACCCAUUAGUUGUAUUUUUGGUGAAGGCCUCGUUGACAAUAUACAUGGUCAUUUGGAUACUGACUAGAUUCUUUCUUUUGGGGAAACGAAUUCAUGUUAGCUA